GUAUUUAAAAGAUAAAACGAUACAUUCAAGCUAAAAAUACCAUCUGUGUUUUUUAGGUAUCCGUAUGAAAUAUAGAGUCUGAUAAAGGAAAGUAAUUAGAUCGUGUAUGUAUAUUUGUAUAAACUAUUGAAUCAUACAAAAAGCAAGCAAAUCAUUGUAUUACUAAAUGUUAACGUUUAGAUUUAAUAAUUUCAACAGACUGAACAGUUUAGACGAGAUAUUAAAUAAAAUUGAUUUUCAACUAAUAAAAUAACUAGUAAACAAGAUAAUAUUGUUCGUAAAAAGACAAUCAACAUUCAAUUUUCAUUUAUUUGAAGAUUCCAAAAGAGUUAACGCUUUCAUCAUGUUUUUUUCAGACAAUAUUUUAAUAUCGAAAUCGGAUAGUAAAAUCAUAUAUUUCACAGUUAAAAGUUUUUUUUUACAGUGAUCUUAUAUGAGUAUCAAAGUUUAUAGUCGGUAGAUCUUUUACACUAUUGAUCACAAUAGUUGAUGUAGAGUAAUAAUAUUUAAUAACUUUCAUCAGAAAUAUUUUUCGUUCUUUGUAAGGUGUAAACUGAUAUGACUCAAUAUCAAUUUCAUUUCAAUUUAACAAGCUGAUGUAUUCUAAUAACAUAGGGAGAUUCGAAAAUGAUGGUUUAUCUUAUGAAUUGACAAAAUAAAUUAAGAGAAGGCUGCUAAAUCAAAAAACUAUAAUCUGACCCUAUUAUGAUCUCCUUAUAUUUUUUAUUUCUAAUAUUAAAAUAGAGAAAAAAAAACAAAGUAAUUUGAUACUUUAACUUAGAAGCAUGAAUCUUGUGAUCGGAUUCGACGAUUGAUUCUGUCCAGUUCUCACAGGAACUAGAAAAGUAUGGCAAUUGGAUCCGAUUACUGACUUUCUACUUCCAAAUUUCUACCAUUUUCCCGAGUUUUGCGACCGGAAACGGUGUCUAUUCGGCGAGUUCCCAUCAGAAAUCCAUGGAUCUGGGCGUCGGAAUCAUUGACUUGUGAUGAAAAUUGACUUGAUUAAAUUGUUGAUUCAUUAGAACCUUUUAUUUUGUUAACAUAUUUUUCUUUUAGUUGAAAGUCAUAAGAUAGAAGAAUAUAACUUAUCAUUAACAGCUUUAGAUGAUAUUCAAAAUUAUGAUGAUUUUCUCAUUGUUUGGCUUUUAUCGGAUGGUGUUCUGAAUUUGAUAGUAAAUUUUUUGAUUAUUUCAAUAAAUAUGAUUCAUAUGAAACUUGCGUCAAUUAUAUAACGAAUUUUUCUUUGAUUCUAAUUGGUAUUUCCUCACUCUUUGAUAAAUAUUGACAAUUAAAGACACUUGCUCUACGGAAUGUCCUUGAAAUUGAUGCCAAUGAACUUGUAUCUUAUUAGAAAAUAAUUUCGCUUAUUCAAAAUUUGAUACUAAAGAAUUGUUCGCUGAAUAAAACAUCUACAUUCAUCUGUAAAUAUCUUCUAACCAAUUCCAGGCAGAGUCGACUUGAUACUUGUACUUUUCACAAUAUCAAUCAAAAUGAAGACGUUGUCCUCAUUGAUUCCAUUUCAUUGUUCUAUCAGUCUCAACAUUUACUCUCUUAUCUUCAGAUUAAUAUUCCUGAAUCAUAAAAUUGCUCGAUGAAAACUAUUACAUUAUCGACCGUGAAUACCAAGGUCGGCUGAAUGAUACAGUCAAGUUCAUCUCACAUCAGCCAACUCUGAAGGUAAUUGGCUUUCAAAGUAGGUCUGAUCGUUUUCGAAAAUAUUGGUUUCACUCAAUUCUUCUUUAUGUAUUCGAAUCGACUAUCUGUCUCAUUGGCAGUCAGCAAAUCAACAAAGAAGAAGAAAACGACCAAUCAAGUAUGUGAUGAGUUUUGCUCAUCGUUCCUUGACAUGCGUCAAUAAGCUUAAAAAAGAAAAAUCCAACUUAUGUUAAGACACGACAAAGAUUUUCGAUCAUGAGAAACGAAGUUAAAACCUUUAAGUGUAACCCUUUUUUCGAUCACAGAAAUUCAUUUGCUUUGAUUUCGAUUGUUUUUUUGAUAAUCGACUAUAUAGACUCUCUGUAUAAAAAAAACUGCGUACCCGAGAUCUUUGGUGUAGCAAUUUAUUUAUAUUGAAAAGGUCAUUUCAUUAUCAAAAUAUCUUAUGCAGAUCGAAGAUGCGUUGCACUAACCCCUUUGCAAGUAUAUUGUUUGAUAACUACGAAAAAAAAAAUUCAAAAAAUGGCAUUUUACAUUGUUUUGCGUUUUUCUCAAAAACCAUUUUUGUACGAAAACAAUGCAAAAUUGUCCCCAUUUCUCCACUAUACUACGUCUGAUCGAGUUGAAACAUUUUUCGCAAAUAUUAUACAUUGUUUGGGGUAUGUAAUAGUGAUUGUGAAUAUUGAGAGUAUGCAGACGUGUGCAAUGUAGAUUCAUUCCAAACUUGACUUUAUAUACACAUUUAGAGUAAGUCAUAUAAUAGACUUCAUAUCGACAUCUAUGAUCAAAUUGUUCUAUUUCUUCGAUGAGUAUUCACACAUUCAACCAGUCGAUUUUUUUUCUGUUCUGUUUGUAUUUUACAUAGAGACUGUGCGCUUAAAUUGCAGUUGUGCCUCCUUUUUUUGCAUAUCUGAGUAUGACAAGUAAGUAUGAAUAGAAAUGACGCAUGCUCCCGUCAGCGUAUUAUUCAUCCCUGCAGUGAUGCUGUUGUUCGUUCUGUCGUGCAAUUUUUUGCAACGUCAUUUUAUAAGCGUAAGCACCUAUAUAAAUAUAUAUGCAUUUUAUUUUCUGGACUGAAUUCUACUGCUUUCAUUCAAACUCAGAUACUCAUCAAUAAGCAUGUCAUCGUCUAAACAACCUGCAGUUUUUGUUACUCAUGGAGCUGGUCCUUGUUGGUUUGUGGACGGUAAUGAUUUUCCGUCAUUUGCUGGCAUCGAUAAAAAUAGUGCCGGUGCAGCAUGGUUUAGACAGUUACCUCAUCAACUUGGUCAAAAUGAACAAAAUAAGCCAAAAGCAAUUCUGUGUAUUACUGCUCAUUGGGAAACUUCCGGUGUCGUCAAUAUAAGUGCACAAAGUCAACAUACUGAUCUGUACUAUGAUUAUGGUGGCUUUCCAAAAGAGACGUAUGAAAUAAAAUUUCAACCAAAAGGCGAUCUUCAAUUAUCUCAGAAAGCUCUCGAUUUAUUGAAACAAUCGGGUAUUAAUGCCGUAUUAAAUUCUAAACGAAAUUUUGAUCAUGGCGUCUUUAUUCCAUUGAAAUUGAUGUAUCCAAAUGCUGAUAUUCCUGUUGUUAGCAUGUCUAUUCUCAGCAACUAUUCACCAGAACAGCAUAUUGCUAUAGGCAAGGCUUUGUCACCGUUAAGAGAACAAGGAGUAUUGAUAUUUGGAUCUGGAUCAAUUACACAUGGACGAGCUUCUCGAGCGCAAAGUCAUGAAUUUGUUGAUGCAAUCACAAAUACCUUACAGACAUUGUCACCAGAUGCCAGAGAGCAAGCAUUAAUCAACUGGACUAUGCUACCAUAUGCACGAGAAAAUCAUGGUCAAGAAGAUCAUUUAAUUCCAUUACAUGUGAUUGUAGGAGCAGCUGGUCAAGAUAAGUGCCACCUAUUAAAUCAACAUCUCUCAAAGACUUUGGCAGCGUAUGCGUUUUUAUAA